ACUGGCUUACCUGGAAUAUUCUACUGACGUUUACAUGCCGAAAAAGCCCUAAACCCUGGGCUAUGGCGCCAUCGCAGCAAUGGGUGGAGAAGUACCGCCCCAAGCAGGUCAAGGAUGUGGCUCACCAGGACGAGGUCGUGCGCACGCUCGCGAAUGCUCUUGAGACGGGGAAUCUGCCGCAUUUGCUCUUCUAUGGGCCGCCUGGGACUGGGAAGACGUCGACUGCGCUGGCGGUAACAAGGGAGCUCUUUGGGCCGCAGCUUUACAAGACCAGAGUUCUCGAGUUGAAUGCCAGUGAUGAUCGAGGAAUAAAUGUGGUGCGAACGAAGAUCAAGGACUUUGCUGCUGUUGCAGUGGGUCGUGGAGUGAGGUACUUCGCUUUUUUCUGGACGAACGAGUUUAUACCUUUGCUUAUGCGACCUCGUCGUUGCUUUUACAGUGACUAUCCUUGUCCGCCUUUCAAAGUUAUCAUCCUAGACGAAGCGGAUUCAAUGACUGAGGAUGCACAGAACGCGUUGAGGCGUACAAUGGAAACUUACUCGAAGGUUACGAGAUUUUGCUUCAUUUGCAACUACAUAAGCAGGAUUAUCGAGCCACUGGCAUCAAGAUGUGCGAAGUUUCGUUUCAAGUCUUUGAACCAAGACGUGAUGCACGGGAGGAUUUUGCAUAUAUGCUCAGAGGAGGGGGUGCAAAUGGGCUCCGAGGCACUGGCUACAUUGAGUCGAGUGUCCGAGGGAGAUCUUCGUCGAGCAAUCACAUAUCUACAGAGCGCUACGAGGCUUUAUGGAUCAUCGAUCACAAGCAAGGAUAUCCUCAGCGUUUCCGGGGUUAUUCCAGAUAACGUGAUCCAGUCCCUCUUGCAAGCCUGUACGAGUGGAGUGUUUGAUCAAGCUCAAAAGGAGGUGACCAACAUCAUAGCCGAAGGCUAUCCUGUCUCACAAAUAUUUUCUCAGGUUUACGAUCACGUUGUCGAAUCGCCUGAGAUAUCGGACGAGCAGAAAGCUAAAAUCUGCCAGAGACUAGCCGAAGCUGACAAGUGUCUUCUCGAUGGAGCAGACGAGUCUUUGCAACUCAUGGACGUGUGCAGCAAUACUAUGCGAGCACUCUGUAACAUGACCCAAGAGUGUAGCUAUGUCUAACUUGAUUUCUCCACUUAACAUGAAUUCUCCCUCGCUGCUGUUUCCAGAGUGAGAUUUGUCUA